AACCCCCCUGCCAAAGCAGGUUCCCUACAGCAGGUCGCACAGGUAGGCAUCCAGGCAGGUCUUGAACAUCUCCAGAGAAGGAGACUCCACCACCUCCCUGGGCAGCCGUAACCACCAGUACAUACACUCAACACUCAACAGCCCGUACAAGUGCUCUGAUUGUGGAAAGUACUUUAAAUGGAGAUCCCACCUAACCCGCCACCUGCGCCUCCAUACAGGAGAGAGACCCUUUAAGUGUCCUGAGUGUGGGAAGAGUUUCAAAAGAACUUCUGAAUUGAACCAGCACCAGCGCAUCCACACAGGAGAGAGACCCUACAAGUGCUCUGAGUGUGGGAAGGGCUUCAAAAGCAGUACUGAAUUGAAACAGCACCAGCGCAUCCACACAGGAGAGAGACCCUGUAAGUGUCCAGAGUGUGGGAAGAGCUUCAAAAGAAGUUAUGAAUUGAAGCUACACCUGCGCAUCCACACAGGAGAGAGACCCUAUAAGUGUCUUGAGUGUGAGAAGAGCUUCAAACACAGAUCUAAUCUCAACACCCACAAGCACAUCCACAGCGCACACAGGCUUAAGAAGCAUCUCAAGAUGCAGGGAACCUUCAAAAGCAGUUUCAGCCUCGUUAACUACCAGCACAGCCACACAGGAAACAGAGUCUGCAGAGCCCCGAGGGUGGGAAGAGCUUCAGCCAGAGCCCCAGCCUGGUCAGCACCUGUGGCUUUGUGUGGUGAAGAACCUUACAAAUCCCGUGAGUAGAGGAAGAGCUCUGCAGCUAAACUGAAUCCCCAUUCUCCUUCUUUGCGUGGGAAUGACCCCUAUUGCUCUCAUUAAGCUGCAGUCAAGGUAUUGUGUGGACACUCUAAGGAGAGUCCAGAGUGGGACGUGUCACAGCCACUGGAAACCCUCUGAGGCACAUUUCUGCCAGGGCUGUGUGCAGGGAGAUGCCUUGGAAUUCACUUCUGAUCUCCCCUGCAGAAACUCAACUGCUAUGAGAGCAGGUGAGGACCCAAUGUAAAUCUCAGCUGGGCUGAUAUGUCACCAGGAAGGAAGAAAUUCCGUUUGCAAGCAGUGUGGGAAGAGCUUCAUCUGGAGCUCAACCCUCAGUAGAUCCCAGAGAGCCAACCAAGGGGAAACUCUCUGUGAGUGCUGUCCAGAGCUGGGAGCACAUCACACACCGGUGGAUCCACGUGAGGAACCCUACAGAUGUGCAGCCUGCAAGAAGAGCUUUGGGCACAGCUCGAACCUGCUGAGGUACCAGAGUGUCUGCACUUGGGUGGAGUCCAAUCCGUGCCUGCACCAGUGAGUUCACGUGGCUGGAAGCCUUAGAAAUGCCUGGAGUGUGAGAAGGGCUUUGUGCAGAGUGCAGAGCUCCUCACUCACAGGAGAUGGCACUCGUGGAAGAAGUGUUAUAAAUGUCCCAUGUGUGGGAAGAGCUUUUACCUGGGGAUCCACUCAGUGCAGAGACCAUGGAAAUGCCUGCACUGCAGGAAGAGCUUCAUCCAGAGCUUGAUCCCCAUUGAACAUUGCCCAGUCCACAUGAGAUGGUGGCCCUGCAAAUGUCUCUGGUGCAGGAAAAGAUUGUGUCUGGGCUGGCACCUCAUUUUUCACAGGAAAACUGCUAGCGGAGAGACCUUGAGGAUUCUGGCAAGCCCAAGGAUGACGCCCAGAUGCUUUUCCCCACACAGGAGGAGUUUGCAAAGGAGAUGGCAUCACUGGCACCCUCUGCAGAAGGGACUUAACCCAGGAGCUUCAGAUGGCCUCUCCUUGCUACCCAACGCAGUUCUCUCACCAUGCCCGCUUUCCUCUUCUGCUCUUCCCGCCAGCAGCUUUUUGAUGCCGUUUCCUAAGGAGAAGCUGUGUAGGGAUGUUCUGUGUGUCUGUGUGCAUGUGUUGCUCUCAGUAAUUUAUGAGUUCUCUGAUGAACCUGAGGGAAGGGUCAGGAGAGCAGUAACGUGGCUCUUGGGGGUUUUCUGAAAAUCAUCUGUAGAGGAAUGAGAAGGGGGUGAAUAAAGUAACUGAGUUGUACUGAAGCUUUCUUCACUGUAGUUUUGGUUUUUUGUUCUUAAAAUAAAUGUCAGCAUGUGGAAUGAGGAGAGGGAAAGGUGCAAUCAGGAUUUGGUUUUGGUGCCAACUCCAGCCCACUGCUUGCUUCUGGAGAAGGCAUUUCUUUCACACAACACUAUCAUCCUUCCUGCACCUUGUGCUGCACCUUGGUUCUACUGCUCUUCUUGACUGCUUUAAUCAAGAGCUCAGAGCAACUGUGUGACACCAAGCCUUGUUUGUCUCCAAUAAAUCUACAAAAAGCUGAGCUUGUUCUUCCUAAAUGCACCAUCCCAUGUUUCAGGAGGUGGAGAGAGCAGAAGGCAGUGCAAAGCUACAGGGUGCACCAGCAGCUCAUCCCCACAGCACAGAGAUACCAGAGUGCUCUACAGUGUGUGCUUGCCUUGCAAGUGGUACCUUCUGAGCUUGAAGGUUUUUCUUUUGACCUUGGGAAGGUAUUUUGAGAUCUCCUUCACAUUUGUUGGGCUCAGCUAAAGCUGCUGUGCUUUGAAUAUGGCUUGCAGGAUGUGGAGAUUGAUUUUGGUAAGCUAGUGAAGCUGUUUUUCCACUUUUUCCCUGGGAGAAAAAAAAAAAAAAAUACUGUUGAUUUCCUCCCAUGUUUUGUCACACAUUGUUUUUAGUUGCAUUUAGAGUUACUCAAGAUUUUUUUCUCUGACUCUGAACUUCCCAUCUUUUCCUCUGCUCUGGGGAAAGUGCUUCUGUUGUGGACAUGAGUCCUUGCAGAGUUGUGACUGCAGCGCCCCAUCUACAGGAACAGGAGCAUUUCAGAUGCCACAAUGGUUUGUUUUAGUUGUGGUAAAAUCGUGGGCAUGGAGGUGGGGGACUUCCAUUCUCGGUGUGCAUGUUCACUUGGGAGGCUUUGUCUUGGUGAAUUCUAGUAGUUGCAUCCACCCCACAGAAAGCUCUGCCCUCUGUGUCAUAGGUCACCUCUGCACCCAUGGAAUCAACACAGGCACAGACAGAGCUCCCAAGGGAACAACCAGCCCCCCAGGUGCCCAUGUGCAAGGCUGUUAGGUGUUACUGGUUUUUCCAGAGCCAAUGAGCUCUGUGGUUUUCAUGGCCAACUGAUUAUAUACAACUGUUGAAGUCAUGUGGGAGAUACUCACACAUCCACCCAGGAGCAGAAGUACUCUCUGGCUUGCUUAGGGGACUCAGUAUCAGUCAGUGGGAAAAAAGCAGUGUGAGAGCAAUCAUUUUGCUUCUCUAAUCUUCCUACUGCUGAUGUUAUCUACAGUGACAAUGUCUCACAUUCUUUGAGUGAGGAAAUGCAAAACUGUGCAGUCAGAACUCAUGCCCUGAGAAGCAUGUUGAGAAUGCAGGGCAGGGGGCCAGACAGAUCACUGCAUCAAUAUCAGUGCCACCAAAAAAUGAUGGAGAGUCUUAGUAAUUGGGGGCUCCUGGCUGGGGAGAACUGAGGCUGCCAUUUGUUGCCUGGGUGAAGGGGCAGCAUCAUGAUCAAGGCUUUGGGUAUUCUGAUCUUGCACAGGCUUUUGAGAAACUGGGUAUGUGGGCUCUUGAUGGACUCCGACCGAGCAAGUGAGGCACACCUGUGCUGGGGAGCAUGCUGUCUGCAUUGAUUACCAGGGCUUUAAACUAGGUCUGAAGAGGCAAGGGAGGGAAAUUCAUUGUGGCAGAGAAGGGCUUAGGGAUGUUGUCACUGUUGGAGAUUGCAGAGAAAACCUCUGAGCUGUCCCAUAGGAUCAUACAGGGACUCCUCAGAGAAGGUCAUGUUGCCAGUACCCCAUCCAAAAUCUUCCUGUGUCCCUCUAGGGGUAACUGCACCUGCGCUUCCCUGAAGUGCCAGUAGACCAGUGCGCAUAGCAUGGGAAAUAAACAGGAUGAGCUGGAGAUCUGUGUACAGUCGCAGGGCCAUGAUCUCACUGCAGUCACGGAGAUGUGGUGAGACAGCUCACAUGAUUAGAAUGCUGUCAUGGAGGGCUGUGUCCUUUUCAAGAAAGACAGGCUGGGGAAGCAAGGUGGAGGAGUUGCCCUUUAUGUGAGACAACUAGAAUGGAUUGAGGUGCACCCAUGAGUGGGUGAAGAACGUGUGGAUUGCUUGUGGGUGAGAAUUAAGAGCAGGGCUGGUAUGGCCGACACUGUUGUGGGGUGUACUACAGUCACCAGAUCAGGAGGGUGAAGUCGAUGAGGCCUUCUUCAUGCAGCUGGAAGUAGCCUUGCAAUCCCAUGCACUGGUUCUCAUAGGGGACUUGAAUCAUCCACUAUCCGUCCAAUAUCUGCUGGGUAAACAACAUGCUCAGGCACACAAAACCCAGAUGGUUUCUGCAAUGUGCUGAAGAUAAUUUUGUCACGCAGGUGUUGGAGGAGUCAGCAAGGGAUGGGGUGAUUUUGGACCUUGUUCUUUCCAGCAGGCAUGGGCUUGUUAGGGAUGAGAAGUUUGGGGGAAGCUUGCGAUGCUGAUCAUGAGAUGGUAGUGUUCAAGAUCUUGGGUGGAAGAAGUAAGGCAAAAAGUGGGAUUGCUGCCCUGGACUUUCAGUGAGCCCACUUCAACAAUUUCUGGGACCUACUUGGAGGUGUUUCAUGGGCUGGAGUGCUUGAAGGUAAAAGGGCCCUUGAGAUCUGGCCAACAUUUAAACAGCACUUCUUCCAAGCUUAGGAUUAGUGCAUCCCUAGGAGUAGGAAAUUAUGGAAUGGAUUCAGGAGACCUGCAUGAAUGAGCAAGGAGUUCAUGGAUAAGAUCAAAGGGAAGAAGAAGGUUUAGGAAAAGUUGAAAAAAGGGCCUGUCCCCUUGGGAGGAGUAUAGGUGUGUUGUCAGAGCCUGCAGAGAAGCAACAUAGAAGGCUAAAGUUCACGCUGAGCUGAAGCUAGUGAAGGACAUAAAGGAUAAUAAGCAGGGUGAUCUUCUUACUCAUUUUAAUUUCUCUUUCCUUUUUCUCCUUUUCUCUGAGAGCUGUAAAGUAACUCAAGCCUUCUGUGAUUUCCUUAUGUAGCAUACAGCUUAGACAGAUAAAAUUGUGAGAGGGUCGACACAUAAAGGAUUACCAUUUUGUGGAAAUCUCCUGAAGGACUACAAGAGGAACAUGGCUGGAAAAGGACCUUAGAAGUGAUUCUUUCUGCACAAACUGACAGGUCAGCCCUCCCCUACAAUGGUAGUGCUAUGGUGCCAGAGACACCCAGCAGGACUCUGUGAUCAAUUUGUGCUGUUGUGUCACAAGGAACAACUAGUGAGACUGCAGAACCAUCAGAGUAAGGCAAUGCCAGGGUGAGUGCCAGUGCAGGAGUGUCUGCAGCCUGCAGGGAAAAGGAGGCGAGUGUAGGACUGCAUGGAACAGCCUCUGGUGGAGAUGGCCAACAGCACUGGCAAGGCUGGAGGGCCCUGGGAGAAAACCAAGGUCUUUGUCCUCUUGGCUGUGGCACUUGUGUCUGCUCUUGAGGCUCAAGAGGGCACAUGUUGUCAUCGUGCCACUGAGGCCUCCUUGCCUUCUUCCAGUCCUGUAGGGAGUAGUAGUAGCAGGCCAGUAGUUGUCAUAUUAUUUUUCCUCACAGAACACUACACAUGGACAUAGGACAGGUAUACUCUUCUUGGACAGGUACACUCUUCUUUGCGUAAGGAACUGGCUAGAGGGCCGUGGCCAAUGGGCAGUGGUUAAUGGAGCUAAGUCCAACUGGCGACCCGUUACAAGUGGUGUCCCCAAGGAGUUGGUACUGGGGCCCAUGUUGUUUAAUAUCUUUAUUGAUGGCCUUGAUGAAGGCACUGAGUGUGCCCUCAGUAAGACUGCAGAUGACACCAAGGUGGGAGGCAGUGUUGAUCUGCCUGAAGGUAGGGAGGCCCUGCAGAGGGAUCUGGAUAAGCUGGAUCAUUGGGCUGAGGGGAAUGGGAUGAGGUUCAACAAGGCUAAGUGCUGGGUCCUGCACUUUGGGCACAAUAACUCCAGGCAGCACUGCAGGCUUGGGCUGAGUGUCUGAAUGACUGUGAAGAGGAAAGGGACCUGGGGGAGUUGGUUAAUGCUUGGCUGAACAUGAUACAACAGUGUGCCCAGGUGGCCAAGAGGUCCAGCAUCCUGGCCUGCAUUAGAAACAGCGUAGCCAGCAGGAGCAGGGAGGUGAUCAUCCCCUCUACUCAGCACUGGUGAGGCUGCACCUCGAGUACUGUGUUCAGUUUUGGGCCCCUCACUAUAAGAAAGACAUUGAGGCCCUGGAGCGUGUCCAGAGAAGGGCAGCAAAACUGGUGAGGCGUCUGGAGCACAAGUCUUACGAGGAGCGGCUGAGGGAGCUGGGAUUGUUCAGUCUGGAGAAGAGGAGGCUCAGAGGAGACUUUAUUGUACUCUCAAACUUCCUGAAGAGAGGUUGAGAGGAGGAGGGUUUUGGCACCUUUUUCUCUCAGAGAGUGGUCACACAAUGGAAUGGCUGCCCAGGGAGUGGUGCAGUUGCCGACCCUGGCAGUGUUCAAGAGGCAUCUGGAUGAGGAGCUAUGAGAUAUGGCUUAGGGGUUUGUGGUAGCAAUGGUAAUGGUUGGACUGGAUGAUCUUGCAGGUCGUUUCCAACCUUGUGAUUAAAUGAUUCUAUGAUUCACAUCCCACUGACUGUGGGAGAGCUUUGGGCCAUCAGUGAGGGACAGGACCACCCUUCUCAGAGGCAGCAGCUAUGGCCCUACCCUUCUGCUGCAUCAGACAAACCAAGGGCUUGCCUCAACCUCAAAGCACCUGCACAGGGCCUUUGCCUGCCUGGAAUCACGACCUCCAAUUAUCUGCUCUAACAUGGAUGUGGGGAGGCUUUGUUGGUAAUGGCUCCAUAGGGACCAAUUAACACUCCAACACUCUCCAACAUUUCUGGACAGCGUUUUGACUGCACCUUCAUCAUUUGUUUACAGCAGGCUUUUCUCAGUACCAGAAGUUCAUGCACACCACAUUCGCUGUGGGACUCAUUACAGUGCAGAAAGACCUAACAAGGCAUUUCCAUCAAGUCUUCAAGACUUGAACUGUUCAUUAGGGAGGUCUCAGUGUUGCAGACAAAGCUUUCUAGGAGCACUGUCCAAAAAAGGGGUUGUCAUAUUUAAGGGUAUUUUUUAUUACAGCAGACACAGAGAUGUCAGUGAGUGCAGCACAACCCCUGUGACACAGAUGGCAGCUCUGUCAGGGAGAGGGAGGAACAGCCAGCAUGGGGAUGGCAUUGUGGGGAUGCAAGAGGGAAAUGUAGUCAGUGAGAGCUAAUAAGGGGAUAGUGACUGCACCAGACAAAGAUGGGAAUUAAUGUAGAUGGAGGAGAAAGAAGCCUGCGGAAGAGGAGGAAUGCUUGUGCCCAAAUGUGUGGUCAGUGCUUGUCUAGCUUUGUGUGUGGGAGGCAUGGGAGGGAGUUGACUGCCUUCAGGACCUAGGGCUGCAACUUCAGGAUAAGAUGCCUCAACUGAUUCAGCUGAAUCCCGUCCCCAUGGAAGUGAAAAGGACUGUCCUGCAGAGCCAGGUAGUUGCAGGGAGAUGUGUGGGGGGAAGGAAGGAGCUCCCCAGCAGCACAGGGGCCUUCUGCUGCUAGGGGUGCUGGGGGCUCACAGCUGCAUUGCACACUCAGGGCACUGCAGAGGGGACUUUUUAAGAAGCAGGACCAAACAUGGGACUUUCUGCCCUGUGUUCAUUUUCCUACCCUUAGGGCAGGGAUGACUGCAGAAGUGGGAGAGGAGCUGUCUAUGUUGACACACCACUGAGACUGCUGUACUGCUGUAGCUUUGGAGUUGAGUAGGAUUGUGAGCAGCAUCCUCAUGUUCCAUCAGCCUUUCCUCACUCAGUGGACAGAACGAGCGUCAGCUUUAUUGAUCCCAUUCAGGCUUUCUGAUAUGUCUGUUUAUACCUGCAAAGACAAGCAUGCACACGGAUACUGCCCUGCAAAUAGGCAGUUUCCUGACAGGCAAAGAUGGGUGCACUGACUUUUGGGUGGUGAGUGUGAGUGCAGAAAGGAAAAGAAGGAAAAGACAUGAGACAUGGAAAUGGCAGGGAGGGAAGACAAUCUCUAGGCAGCUGGGAUGUGAUCAGGCAAUGAGAGGAAAGGAAAAACAGAAAUGUUAUCUGCAGAGACAAGAGACAACCACAUAGCAUCCCUUCCAUGCAAGCCCCCUGCAUCCUCUCCCACCCAGAAAUACCUCUGCCUUCAUGGCAGUGGUGUCCAAGCAUGAACUCCCUACUCUGCAGCCAGAGCUCCAGCAGAGCAGGGCUGCAUCUCUCCAGGCAUGAGCUCCUUUCCUUCUGCAGUACAUGGGGCUGAGAGCAGCUGCCUGGGGCUGUGGACAGCAAAGUCUGUGAGGCUAGGGAAUGAGCUGACAUUCUUUUAAUGAGAUGCCAUCAUUAGGACACUUGGCUGUCUCUCUAAGACAGAUGUCUUUUCAAGCUGUGAGCUGCCCUGCAGGAUGCAAAUCUUUCUCAUAGGAUCUCUGUGUUACCUGAAAUCCCAGGGAGAUGAAGUGGGGAGAUGCCAAGAGAGAUGUCACAUUCUAAAAGUAAAACCAAGCACUCCGGCCUCUUUGCAAUUACCCACGUGGAUGGGUCAGGAUUGCUUUCUCAAGAGCCCAUGGGCAGAAGACUCUCCUCUUCCUUACAUAUUCCAAUUCAUGAAAAUGAUCUCAAAUCAUGGAUCUGAACAAUCACUUCCUUUAGAGAAAGAAAAUGUAUUGGAUUAUAUGACAGGAGGAAGGUCACCAAGGAAUGGUGCAGGGUUUUGCCAAGAGAAGUCUCACCUAACUUGCCUUUUGUUUCUUCUUUGAUGAUAACCCAUGUCCAGGAGCAGCAGAUGCCCAACAGCAGCUCCGUCAGCGAGUUCCUCCUCCUGGCGCUGGCAGACACGCGGCAGCUGCAGCUCCUGCACUUCUGGCUCUUGCUGGGCAUCUACCUGGCCGCCCUCCUGGGCAACGGCCUCAUCAGCUCAGCCGUAGCCUGUGACCACCGCCUGCACACCCCCAUGUACUUCUUCCUCCUCAACCUCGCCCUCCUCGACCUCGGCUGCAUCUCCACCACUGUCCCCAAAGCCAUGGCCAAUGCCCUCUGGGACACCAGAGCCAUCUCCUACAGUGCAUGUGCUGCCCAGGUCUUUCUGUUUUCAUUCUUAUUUUCAGCCGAAUUUUACCUUCUCACUGUCAUGUCCUAUGACCGCUAUGUUGCCAUCUGCAAGCCUCUGCAUUACAGGACCCUCAUGGGCAGCACAGCUUGUGCCAGCAUGGCAGCAGCUGCCUGGGGCGCUGGGCUUCUCAAUUCUCUGCUGCACACUGCCAAUACAUUUUCACUGCCACUGUGCCGAGGCAACGCUGUGGACCAGUUCUUCUGUGAAAUUCCUCACAUUCUCAAGCUCUCUUGUUCGUACCCUUACCUCAGGAAUCUCAGUCUUAUGACAUUCAGUGCUUUUUUGUUUUUUGGGUGUUUUGUUUUCAUUCUGCUUUCCUAUGUGCUGACCUUCAGGGCUGUGCUGAGGAUGCCCUCUGUGCAGGGACGGCACAAAGCCUUUUCCACGUGCCUCCCUCACCUGGCCGUGUUUUCCCUCUCUAUCAGCACUGGCUUCUUUACCUACCUGAAGCCCCAGUCCAUCUCCUCCCCAGCAAUGGAUGUGGCGGUGGCAAUUCUGUACUCGGUGGUGCCUCCAGCAGUGAACCCCCUCAUCUACAGUGUGAGGAACCAGGCACUGAAGGAUGCCAUUUGGAAACUGUUACUGUGGAUGUUUCCUGGUAAUCAUGAUGAUUCCAUCUCUCUCCCCAGGUGACUUCUAAUGUGUCCCAUUCUAAGCUUGUGCUUUGUUGUUUUCCAUUAGUAUGUUUUUUUCUUUAACACAUCUUCAAUAUUUUCAAACUACUUAUGCUUCUUCUGUUCCCUUCCAAUACUUUCAAUCGUCUCUUCUUUUCCUACCUUGAUUCUAUGGAACUCGAGAUUUCAGCAUAUGCCUCAUUGCAUCUGCGAUGAAAUAACAGCAAAGAAAGUACAUGAGCAGAGGAUCUCCAUUGUGGAAAAGCACAUUCAGUUGGGAGUCCUGAUGGAUCAAGAUCAGAAUUUGUGAAUGCCUCAUCUCUGGAGGCAUUCAAGGCCAGUCUUGACGUGUUCCUGGGCAGUCUGGUCUUGUGGUUGGCAACCCUGCCCACAGAAGGAGGGUUGGAACUAGAUGUUUUUUCUGAUCUUGCCAACCAAAGCCAUUCUGUGGCACCAUAAUUCAGUGGAUAUUACUUGGACUUAGUAAAACUUAUUUUUACAGAACUGUGCCUUUUGCUUUCCUUUGCUGUCAAUUAACCAUAUCCAUCUGUGUCCUCAUGUAGUUUUUCUCCAUGGGAGGAAGCUGCAAACUGGUGACUAGUGCUACUUGUAACCCAUUUACUAAACCUUUAAUCUUAACUCUAACCCCCAACCCUAACUCCUAACCCAUAACUCAAACUCCUAAUAUUGAAGUCUAACCUUAGCAUUUUCUUGUCCUAAACUUUAACCAAAACCUGAACCCUUCCCCCUAAACACCAGUUCUUCUCACAUCCCUCAACCUAACACUAAUUCAAGUGCUAGCACUUCACCUAACACUGAAUCUAAUCAUCAGUGCUAGCCCUGGCCUGAACUCUAAUCUUAAACCUAACUCUAACAGUGAACCCUAUCCCUGACCCUCUGGUUGGCAGCCGGUAUCAGGUGGGGUAAAUUAGGCUGCUGCUCUUCCAAGUCAGUUCCCAAGACAGAUGGAAUUCUCAGUAUGAGUAGGACUUGGCAUGCUUUACAAACAAAUGUUUUGUAAGAGGCUGUUCAUCAAGGCCCUGCCAUAGAGAAGUCAUCUCACCAUAAACUGGAGAAUUCAGGAAGAUCCUAACAAGCACUGGAAGAUCCAGGAAGGCUUCUGAAGUGCGAGUGGUCUGGGAUGAAGCAGUUGGCAGUACGUAAGUCUGGGAAGCAGGAUUGGGGGAUAUCUGUGAGAAGUAAAGUGAUGUCUGAAGGCCUUAGUAAGUCACUCCAACCAUAUGUGAGCCCAGAAAUUGAGAGAAAUAUGCAUCUAGAAGAGAACAAGUAUGAAGAGAAUUAGCCUGGGAACAUGGCAUGAAGAAGGCCCCUGCUGUGCCAACCAGGAGAAAAUGACAAGUUUCUAUCUGGUGUGCAUGGCUCUGCAUGUGGGAUGUGGAGUAUUUGCUCAGCCAUGCCCCAUCAGCUAGCUGACCUUAUUCUCCUCUCUUGUCCCUCCCACAUUUCAGUGGACUUCCAGAAGCAUUCAUGACUGUGGAGGAAGCCUAAUUCUCCUGCAGUGUUGGCUCAUUGCUGCAAUGGUAGAGGGAAGAGUUCGUGUGACACAGGGAAGUAUAGGCCAGUGCUUGGCAAUGCUGCUGAAUGAAGCACAGCUGAAUCAACCUCUGAUUCAAUGUGUCACGCAAAAGUCAAAACGUGUAGAAAAAAAUCUCUGUGUAAUAAAUUUAUAAUAAGUUACUCUGCUGAAUUUUGAGUGUUGUCUAUAAGUGCUCAUGAUUUAUUUUUCAGCAGCCAAGGACAUGUAGCAGUAAGAUAAUAACUUUUAUGUUUUAUCUCAACAUGGAUUUAUACAACCAUUAUUAAAAAAAAAAAAAUCACUUGUAAGUGACAUUUAGAGAUCAUUUAGUCCAACUGCCUGACCAUUUCAGGACUAACAAAAAGUGAAAGCAUGUUAUGUAGGGCUUUAUCCAGAUGUCCCUUGAGCACCAGUGGUCAUGGGUCAAGAAACGUUAAAGGAAGCUUUUUACAGUGUCUAUUUUGAACAUAGUAAGUUGGAAGAUGAAAGAGAAGCAGAGGGUUUUUGUGUCCUGACUCGAGAAAGUGACUGAUGUAGGGGCUGCAUAGGUAGAGAAUGAGGAGGAUCAAAAACUGGCUGAAUGGCCGGACCAGUCAGAGUGGUGGUCAGUGGUAGAAGGUUUUGCUGGAGGCCAGCAGCUGCAGGUGCGCUGCAGGAGUUGAUAACGGGCCUUAAUCCUACUUGAGUUUUCAUUCAUAGUCAGAACUGUGAGACAGUGGAGUUCAGGAUGCUGAGUGGAAGAACCAUGCCAAGAAGUAGGAAAACAGCCCAGUAGCAGGAAAUGUGACUCUGACACUUCAGGGACCCACUUGGAGGUACCCUUUGGGUCAGAGUACUGGAAGAUUAGGGGGACCAAGGCAGGUGGUUAACAUUCAAGCAUCACUUCCUUUGAUUCCUCUACGCUUGAGAUCAGUGCAUCCCUCUGCGUUAAAAGUCAGACAAAGCUGAACAGGGACCAGCAUGCAUGAGCAAGGAACUCAUAGAUAAUCGCAAAGGCAGGAAGAAAGUCUAUGAAAUGUGAAAAAGGGCAUGGGCACUUGGGAAGAAUAAUGGAAUGCUGCCAGGGCCUGCAGGGAUGCAAUGAGGAAAGCUAAGGCAAUUUAUAAUUAUUGCAUCUGUAAUUCAUUGAUUAUACAUGCAGACAGAGAACUGCUUGGGAGAGUGUAGUGGAGGGCAUUAAAGAUGAUUGAGACCCAGAGCAUCACCCAUAUGAGGAAAGGCAGAAAGACCUGGGCCUGUUCGGCAUGCUGUAGGGAAGGCUAAGAGGGAAUCUUAGUAAUGCUUGUGAAGAUCCGUAGGGGAUAUCAACUGGGGCAGAGUAUGAGGGGAGAAUUGUCUUCUGCCCCAGUGAAGACAAUCCUUUGAGCCCUGCCAGUCAGCCAGAUAUCAAUCCACCUCAAUCUCCACUCACCUAGCCCUCACUUCCUCAGCUCAUCUGCUAUAAUGGUUUGGGAAACAGUGUCAUUCAGCCUGAUGUUACUCUAUUUCCUGUAGGACUUUGAGGCCAUCCCAUCAGUCAGUGGUUCACUGUUUCUGUGAUUAUGCCCUGCUACAUCAGCUGUAUGCCAAACAUUUUGUCGACAAGGAUACUGUGAGAAUCUUUUGCAGAAGCUUUAUUGGGCUUCUCUUGGUUGACUAAAGGAGUAAAUCUGUCAUCAAAGCAAAUUAAGUUUAUCCACAGGACUCUCCUCUCCUGAACCCAUGUUGGCUGUUACCAAUAAGUGUGUUGGCUUUGCAGUGUUUCUCAGAAGCUCCCAGAAUGAUCUCCUCCAUAAUUUUGCAGGUACCACAGUGAGACCGGCAGGCCUGUAAUUCUCAAGGUCUUCUUUCUUGCUCUUCUUGGAAACUGGGAUGUUUACCAGCUUCCAGUCAACUGGGAUCUGUCAAGAUUCCUAAGAUCCUUGGAUAAAUGCCACAGGCCAUACAACUGGAGCAGAAAAUUCAACACAGGUUGAAUAGUCAGGUCCUCCCCCAUAGGCUUAUCUCACUCCAUGUGUCCAUUCACCAUCACUUUCACACAAACUCUAGAAGAAAAUCUCUGCUCCAAGGAGCUGGACUUCCACCCCGCUUUCAACAAAUUGGAGAGGAAAAAAGUUUUAAAUUCAGAAAGCAACUAAACAUGAUAUGUGAUAAAACGUUAGGCAAUAAUUCAUGGAGUAAAAGAGGAAAACCUGCUUCACUCUUUAUUUCUUCUACUUUUUCUACCCAGUGCAAACCAGCACAGUGGUUCUGAGAAUACGGUGAUGUAAGAUGAGAACACAAAAUAGUGAGAAUGCUUUUUGGGGGAACCUAUAAGGAAAGAGGAAAAACAUGACCGAUGCCACAGGACAGCAAUUAUUGGAUGCAAUUAAGAAGUAAAUCAUCCCAGCUCUUGGCUGGGCUGCUACCUCCCGUUGCUGGGGAUCUCCAGGCCUCCCCGCUGCUUGCUUCCUCCCCACACAUUUUCCCUUGGAGCUGUGAGUUCCUGCAACUCCCAGGGCCCUCCUCUGCUGCGCCAGACCAGGCCCCUGCUCCCUGGGAUGGAAGAAGCAGCACUCCUUGGUACUGCAAUCAUCAUCUCCUUGCAGCUUGCUGGGGGGUCAGGGAGCCUUCAGACACACUCAGUGCUUUACUUCCUACCCACUGCAUUCCAAGCACAGCAGGUUUAUCUGAGCACAGCAAAUGUGAAGGCCCUGCUGCAGGAGGUCUCAGACACACCCUUCCCAGCUCAAAAUAAAAACCUUGAAGUUCAAAAGGGAUCACAAGCAAGGCAAACAUGCACUGGAGAGCACUCUGGUAUCUCUGUGCUGUGGAGAUAAGCUGCUUGUGCACCGUGUGGGUUUGCACAGCCUUCUGCUCCUACCACCUCCUGAAACUUGGGAGGGUGCAUUUAGGAAGAACAAGCUCAGCUUUUUCUAGUUUUAUUGGAGAAGGCACAUUACUGCUCUCCUGACCCUUCCCUCAGGUUCAUCAGUGCACUCACAAAUUACUGAGAGCAACACAUGCACACAGACACACAAAACAUCCCUGCACAGCCACUUCUCCUUAGGAAACAGCAUCAAAAAGCUGCUGACAGGAAGAGCAGAAGACGAAAGUGGGC